AGGUCGACCAGCGCCGACAGUGUCCUGGUUCAUGAAUGAGAGGUUGAUCGAAGGCCACGUCGAGGAGAUCGGGAAUCACAUGAUGGUGAAUAAGUUAAAAAUCGCCGGGGUAACAAGAGAUCAUCUGAAUUCCACUUACAAGUGCCAAGCCAGUAACACCAAGCUGAUGAUGCCGUCAGAAAAGACGGUCCGUCUCGAAUUGCUGUUGCGACCUCUAUCAGUGGAAAUAAUAAAUAAACCUCGACAGUUGAUUGCCAAUGAAGAGAUCUCGGUUCAAUGCGAAGUGGAGGGUUCCAGACCCAGGGCUCUUGUCUCGUGGAGCAGAGAUAAUAGGCCUUUUAGGCGAGGGAAGGUUAUUUCACAAGAAAACGAAACGUCUGUAAUUACAACGCUGACUUUCGUUCCAGUUCCAGAGGAUGACAACAGCAUUUUCAAAUGUGUUGGAGAAAAUCCCAAACUUAACGGUGUUGGACUAGAAGACUCAUUUAAGUUCAAUGUUGUUUAUCCCCCGCAAGUGGUUCUUCAUCUGGGAAAUACUUUAAAUCCAGAAGACAUAAAAGAAGGAGACGACGUUUACUUCGAGUGUAGCAUCAAAGCAAAUCCCAAGGAGCACAGAAUCUUAUGGUAUCAUGAAGGUAACAUCGUGAAUCAAAACAUGUCAUCAGGAAUCAUCAUCAGUACUCACAGUUUGGUUCUUCAAAAAGUAGCAAGAUGGCAGAGUGGUUCUUACACUUGUUUGGCUGCCAAUCCCAGGGGAGAGACUAUCAGUGAUCCUGUCAACCUAAGAGUUAGAUUCGCACCUGUAUGCAGCAAAGACACUGAUAUCACAAUCAUUGGAGCAUCUUUGGACGAAAUGAUCAAAGUCAGAUGCCAAGUAUCAGCAGAUCCUACCGAUGUUGAUUUUCUGUGGCAAUUCAAUAACAGUGGCGAAAGCUUUGACGUGUCUCCUGCCCGUUUCGCAACAUCCAGCGGGAACGUCAGUGAAUUGAUGUAUACUCCUGCCUCUCAGAGGGAUUACGGGACGUUAACAUGUCUUGGUACCAAUUCUAUCGGGAAACAAGUAGAACCUUGCGUCUUCCAGGUGGUUCCGGCAUCAAAACCUAGUUCCCUAACAAACUGCACCCUUCGAACAAUUAACAACCAAACAUCUGAAACAAUUGAAGUAGAAUGCAGAGCUGGCUAUGACGGAGGUCUUCCUCAACGCUUUGUUUUAGAAGCGUAUGAUACACACAACAUGCGACUAAGACUGAACCAAAGUAUAGUAGAUACAGAUAUUCCAAUCUUUCGAUUGGAAUUGGGAGAGCUGUUACCAUCUCCAGCCUCGAUACGAAUAAUACUUUAUGCUGAAAAUGCCAAGGGCAAAAGUGAAAAAGUUGUGAUGGAUGAUAUAUUACUUAAUGAUGCUGAAAAGAGGACAGAUGGCAACAACAAUGUGAGCCUAGUUCCCUUAGCUGCUAUAUUAACCGGAUCUCUUCUUACACUGGGUUUAGCAGUUCUACUGAUAGUAGUUAUAGCUGUUAGAAGAAAAAGAACGUGUGAUGGGGAAAUGCACUGCCCGCAUCAUAUUAAUAUUGAUGCUUCCAAACAAAAAGUCAAAUCUAGGCAAAGUUCUCUGUUGGAAAUAAAUACGGGUGACAGCAGAUACGUGUUGGCCUAUACAUUGAAACCAGCAAGUGACUGCACUCCUGCUACACAAUUCACCACCAUGUCUUCGUCACCAGAUAUUUUAAACACACCCCGAGGUGCGGAGACAACACUAGGACCAGUGGGUAGACCAGACUAUCUCUACACAAGCUUUGACAGCGCCAAUAGACAUCAAAUACCGACGUCAACUGGUGACAGUUUAAGUAGGAGACUCCGGGACGGCACGUACACAAACUUUACAACGAGGAGAGACCAUAUUAUAGCCGAUUCCAUUCCAGGGCCAGAAAGUUGUGUCUAA